CGUGGCCAGUGGAGCGCCUGUAACGCAGCCCCCCGCGGCUUCAGGGUUUGCCUCUCCUGAAGAGCACCAAUCUGAGAUGGGUACAUGGAGGGGGCGGGAAGGAUAGUUUGAGGAGGGCUGAGCUUUUUUUUUUUUUUGCAAGAGGACGCCAAUUUCUGUAUUAUUUCACUGCUGGAACAACAAGCAGCAAACAGAGAAAGAAGAAAAAACAUCAGCCGGACCGCGCGUCAGAACCUCAUCAACUCCAAAGAAAUCCAAACCGGGAGGGAGAACAAGAAGGAGCAGGACCAGGAGCUUUAUUUCCAAGUGGGACAUCCGCUCUCAGGUGAUAUGGCUGCUGCAUUUAGGAAACCUGAACCCCUGCACUUGGCCUUGUGGAUCUUCCUUCUACACCUCAGCCUCCUUCCUCAAGCCAGGGCCGUCGUUGGACACAAAGAGCCGCUGCCUGGUGACAGUAAGGACAACAUCACCAUUUACACCCAAAUCUUAGACAGACUGUUGGACGGCUAUGACAACAGACUACGUCCUGGGCUAGGAGAGAGCGUGACGGAAGUGAAGACAAACAUUUAUGUGACAAGUUUUGGUCCAGUGUCAGAUACAGAUAUGGAGUACACCAUCGACGUCUUUUUCCGCCAGAGUUGGAGAGACGAGAGGCUGAAAUUUGACGGACCAAUGCAGAUUUUGCCUCUCAACAACCUCCUGGCCAGUAAGAUCUGGACGCCUGACACCUUUUUCCACAAUGGCAAGAAAUCGGUGGCCCACAACAUGACGACUCCAAACAAACUUCUGCGACUAGUUGACAACGGAACUCUUCUCUACACUAUGAGGUUGACCAUUCACGCCGAGUGCCCCAUGCACCUGGAGGACUUCCCCAUGGACGUGCACGCUUGUCCCCUGAAGUUUGGAAGUUACGCUUACACCAAUAAUGAAGUCAUUUACCUCUGGACCAAAGGAGACGAGAAGUCGGUCGCCGUGGCAGAAGAUGGCUCCAGGCUCAACCAGUAUGACCUACUGGGACAUGUUAUUGGCAAAGAAACCAUUAGCUCCAGUACAGGCGAAUACGUCGUGAUGACAACACAUUUCCAUCUGAAAAGGAAAAUUGGCUAUUUUGUGAUCCAAACCUACCUCCCCUGCAUCAUGACCGUCAUUCUGUCUCAGGUGUCCUUCUGGUUAAACAGAGAGUCGGUUCCUGCGCGCACCGUGUUCGGCGUCACCACCGUCCUCACCAUGACAACCCUGAGCAUCAGUGCUCGCAACUCCCUCCCUAAGGUUGCCUAUGCCACAGCCAUGGACUGGUUCAUGGCCGUGUGCUAUGCGUUUGUCUUCUCAGCCCUGAUUGAGUUUGCCACCGUCAACUACUUCACCAAGCGCAGCUGGGCGUGGGAUGGGAAAAAAGAGGGCAUGGAAAUCAGGGAACCGUUUCAGGCUAACAUGGCCAGGAUUAACGAUAUGAGAAGAGAAUCUGCAACUCUCUCCAAAAAGGCAAAUAAUACCUUCAACAUUGUUGGAACCACCUACGCCAUCAACGUGGCAAAGGACCAAGGUUUAACCACCAUUUCGAAGAGCGCCGGUGCCGCUGCCGGAGUCGGGGUCGGGGCCGGUGCCGGGGCCGGGGCGUCCGCCAAACACGCCGCCUACCUUCACAAAAUGGACGAUCCCUACACAGAAGCCAAGAAGUCCUACAACCGAGUCAGCAAAGUGGACAAGAUAUCGCGCAUCAUUUUCCCCAUUCUUUUCUUCAUCUUCAACUUGGGCUACUGGGCCACAUACGUCAACAGGAAGCCCACCAUCAUAGAAACAAACAACCUCAACUGAAUCUGAUCUCUGCUCGGUCUGAUGGCUUCAGGAUGGAGGGUAGACAGCUUUACGGGAGACCAUGAAACACCUUGUUGUGUAUGUGUGUGCGUCUGUGUGUGUAAAUAGUCUCACUGGACAUUUCUCCUGCAUCAGCUAAUGAGAUCCAAUACGCGGAUGUUAGUACAAUGCAGUGAGCUUCUACACCACUGCAAAUCACAACAAUAAACAUCAAUACUGUGAUAUUAACACAGAAGUAUUAUUGCCUGCACACAACCUAAUGAGCGCCAUCGGUUCAUUAGCACGCAGGAAUUACUGGAAGUAGAAGGGGCUGAUGUAGCAAGGAAGGAACCAUUUUCGCUUUGAUUCACGGCACCGACAGACAGGAAGAACAGACGGGUCACCUGGAACGGCAAGUGAACAGUUAUUCCGCAUAAAGAACAUUCCCGGGAGGCCCAAAUUAACACAACAAUCCAGCGAGUACAAGGUCACUGAUAAGAAAGUUCACCGAACUCCCGAUCUCGUUCCGCAUCACUGACUCCAAUGAGUUCUUCAUCCUCGGUGUCGCUAGCCCGGAUCGCCCUCUGAACGGGCUAUCGAUGGUAAUAAAUGAUCAAAGUGAAACCAAGUGCGACUUAUAGCCCGGAAAAUCGGGUAACAGCAGCCAUCCCGCCCAGGCUGGAUCCCUUGACCACAAAUUCCCACUGUCGACUAAUCAAUUCACUGAUGAGUUUUUAGACUUGAUCAUCGCUCAUCCAAUUACAGCUGUCCCUUGUUUAUAGCGGUUAAUUGGUUCCAGAUACCACCAUAAAUUAAUUUCCAUAAUUCAAUGUUAAUAAAAGGAAUAUUGUUGUAGUUUCAUUAUAGAAGCCUGUUUGUGGCUUUAUAAACAACAUUUUUUUCACAUUAUUAAACCCCUGUGGACAUGCAAAUAACACGCCGGUGGUCACUUUUACACUCCUGUUAUUCAUUGUUUACAUUAACAUUGCUAACUCGCUAGUGUGCUAACCAGUUAGCUUCAAAUUCAUUCAUUCAUUUUCUACCGCUGAAUGUUUCAUUUAGAGAUUAAAUACAAAUGUUACAUUUAGAGGUUUAAAAACAAUUAUUACCAAAAUUAUUACAUUUAGAGAUUAAAUAUAAAUGUUACAUUUUUAGGUUAGAAAAAUUUAAAUUUAGAGGUUAAAAAAAUUAAUUUAGAAGUUUCAUAUGAAGGCCGUCUACACAAAGAUACAUCAUUCAUUCAUUUUUUUUAUCCUCAUGAGGGUUGCUGGAGCCUAUCCCAGCUGUCUUCGGGCGAGAGGCGGGGUACACCCUGGACUGGUGGCCAGCCAAUCACAGGGCACAUAUAGACAAACAACCAUUCACACUCACAUUCAUACCAGAGGAAACCGGAGUACCCGGAGAAAACCCACGCAUGCACGGGGAGAACAUGCAAACUCCACACAGAGAUGGCCGAGGGUGGAAUUGAACCCUGGUCUCCUAGCUGUGAGGUCUGCACGCUAACCACUCGACCGCCGUGCAACCCAGCUUCAAAGUUAAUGUGUCAAAAGCCAAAAAUGUACCACUUCCACACGGAAUGGGAGAAGAGUUUUUUUUCUCACUCAAUCAUGUGGGACAUGCCAUGGCUGACUUCAUGACUUCAUGCAGUGUCAAGCUAAUAUCAUUACUGCCACCUAGUGAUGAGAUUAUAUCAUAUAAUACAUAAUAUAUGGCUUAUACCCCAUUUUCUGGACUAUAAGUCGCUCCGGAGUAUAAGUCGCACAAGGCCAAAAUUGCAUAAUUAGGUAGCAUACUACCUACUCCAUACUCGCACUGGAGUAUAAGUUGCAUUUUUCGGGUAAUUUUCCAAACUACUUGACCAAAACAGACAUUACGUCCUCUUGGAAGGCAAGUUCUAACAAUAAAAGAAUAGAGAACAGGCUGAAUAGGUGUAAGAUAUGCUAACACAAUGCUUAUUCAGCUACACAAAAAAUAAACAGAAAAGGUGUCCAGUGUUUAUGUAACAUAAACACUUUUUUCAUUUAUAAGUCACUCUGGAGUAUAAGUCGCAGGAACAGCCAACCUAUGAAAAAAAGUGUGACUUAUAGUCCGGAAAAUACAGUAUUUUUAUGUGUUUUGAAUAAUAAUAGACCAUAGCAUAGCACCAAACAGCCAAUAUUUAUUCAUUCAUUUAUUUGUGAAAAGCUAUGAUCUAUCAAGGGAUGUAGUUCAACAGAAGAGCGAUGUAUAAACCCGUUCCAUACGAAAGGUAUUACCGUAUUACGCUAACACACCAGACUUGAAUUGGAAAACGCGGCGUUCGCAUGCCGAGGUGCCUUCACCAACUCUGGAUAUCCAAACAGCGACGUGUACCACACAACCAGACCGCCCCUUUGGGGGACACGGGUAAAGUCCCGUCAGUCCAUACACUGACCUCAGCGGCACUGUAAGGCCCGUUAAGAGAGCACGAGGCUCCGGUGGGAAUCCCGGAUGGCGUCCCCCUGGAGGCCGCCCUCCUUCAACCAGCAGCAGCCGACAAAUAAGGAACAGAUGGACCAACCGGAAUGAGUCUUGGCGGAGUACAGCCCCUGUAUUGGAUCUCAUUAGAGUGUGAAAUGAAGUUUCCGAUGAGUGUACGUACGCGUGUGCUUGUGCUGUGAUGUUUUGCUCAUCUGCAUCGACGGCGGCAAGCAGUCACAUGACCUCCCAUCAGACCCUUUAUUACACAGCCAGUCAAUGUGGCGCCAUGGUUACACCUCGGGGCAAUUGUCAACAGAAGUACCAUAUUGUGGUCUGUGUAAAGGGUACCACUUUAGAAAGCUCGCUAAACCCCCCCCAACACCGUCGCUGGGGGCGGAAUAAUAUGACGGCGAUGCGACGCAGUGUGUUGCGUUUGAUUUCCUUCCAUUUAGCUCUGGCCCUGUCGCCUCUUGAGUGCUCCUUUUGUAUCUUGACCGUUUGCCGUUUUGUAGAGUAGUCAAAUGCAAGCAUGCGUGUCAGGUUUCAAAGGCAAGAGUUGAUAUGCUAACAUGCAUGUACACACAGCGAGGACGCGGGGAUGCGUUAGCUACGCCGCCAUUCCGGGCUAGCUUUACUGUGGGCAGGCAGUACACUUCCUUAGGACCGUUAUUAAUAAUCCUCACAGUCUGGCCUUUCAACACAGCCGAUGCGGUAUCAUCUGGAAUUGCGUCCGCAUCCCGCGGGGGUCGCCGAUGCAUUUUCAAGUCCACUGGCUUUAGUUGGGGAUGUGUGUUUGAUGAAAGAGGAUCCGUGUAGCCUACGCCUACGUGGGUGAGCUACGCAAGCUCACCCACUCUGGUGGUGCUAACUCUGGUGAUGCUAUGUGGCUGCGUCCCCCCGCCUGCACCGGGUGUAAAAUUGCCCAUCAGCGCGGAAGGUGAAGUCGUCUGGCUGAGACGGGACGACACAAACACCUCAGUCGGUUAAGUCACCAUCACCUGUCAAUCUUAAAAGUGGCGACAAGUCGCUACUUUGUGUAAUUGGGCGAUCCCUGAGCACGAAGCCCGCCUCGCAGUGGCGAUGAUCCGACAUAAGAGUGACAAUUCCAGCGGGGGAGGUCCUGAUCCAGAUGUUUGGCCUCUGAUUCCAAUCCCAUUUUGACAAUUCUGCUUUGGCUGGUGGAACUGAAAGGAAGCAGUGGUGUCCAAAGUCUGGCCCGGGGGCCAUUUGCAGCCUGCUGCUGUUAUUGUAUUAAUUUAAAACAUAAAAAUCGUAAAAAUCAGCAGUAUUUUCAGCCAUUUCAUGAUUUCAUCAUACUAUAACACUCCGCCGUCGGUCUGGAACUGCCAUUGUUCGCUCGCAAUGAAGGAAGCUAACAAUGCAGUAGGUCAGUGAUUUUCAACCACUGUGCCGCGGCACACUAGUGUACCUUGAGAAACCGUCAGGUGUGCCGUGAGGAAUUAUCCAAUAUCACUUUUUAUAAUUAACAUUGAUUAAUCAUCAUUUGCAAAUAUUAUGUCAAUUAUGGCCCAAAUAUUCCAAUUGCAUUUGGUUUAUUUGCUCAAACGGAAAGAAUUGAACAGGGGUGGAAUAUUCCUUUAACCAAUCCGAUUGAGGUAUCUUGUACCGGCUCAAACGGAAAGUUGUCAGGGUGCCUUCUUCUUCGUGGUGUUUUUCUUCUUCUGUUGUUUAUUGGCGGUUGGCAAGCAGCUUUCGUGUGCAUUAGCGCCAUCUGUGGAACAGAAUCUAAACCCUUCUAUACGCCAUUCACAAGUGCAGUUUUAUUAAAAAAGAAAAUAUAUAUCUAUAUAAAACAUGUCCUGAGUUUAAUUAUAAAAUAUUAGCAAGAUUGAAUUUGAUCUUUUCCUGUUUAAAUUUAUCCCAGGUGCGUUCUUUCAGCACAUGCUCAGAUAUUACGUAACACGCAGAUCCAGACGUUCUUCACUUUUAAAAAUGGAGGCCAGCAAUCGGCACUGGACUAAGCAAAGUUUGUUUUUGAUUCAAACUAAAUUUCAAGACUGGACAGACGAAAAACUGGCAAUACGGAGUUAUAUAACAAGUGAAAGAAAAACUUGGGGAAGCCGGUAUCACGUGAUGUUGAUGUUUACAUUUUACUGGGCAUGCCCUAUUGACUAUUCUGGUUGAUUUUCACGGCGCAUGUUGACAAGAGAUUGGAAUAUUCCUUUCCAUGGAUACCAUUGUUUCCCAAAAGGUCAUUGGGAAAGAGAAAAAGUGGUGAUGUAAAAACGUGGCUACUGUGGAGUGUCUGUGGCGUAAAGACUGGCAGAGCAAUGUAAUAUUGGUCCGUGUGGCAACACCUACCUUGUUCCUCCCAUAGACUUAUUGAUGCACGUGUGAGGUCGUGGUGACAUUUUGGAACAUUUUUGGUUAGUGGUGUGCCACAAGAUUUUUCCAAAGUAAAAAACGUGCCGUGGCUCAUGGUUGAAAAACACUGCAGUAGGUCAUCAAGAGUUGACGUGCCGGAAAACAGCGCCCCCUUGUGUUUCAACAGAGAAUUGCACAACCCUGGCAAAGGGCUAUAAAAAGGUGGCGGCGGCCUUGGGGAGGUGGGCGUAGGGACAAUGCAGGAGAAUAAUCCAGGGUUGACAACGAUGAGGUUUCACGUCGGGGUCACCAACGUCAGGGUCGAGGUUUGUCGCAAGAGGUGUACGAAUAUGCUGUAAAUAUCGCAACAAUGAUGCCAACACCUGGACACGAUUCGAUUCCGCCGUUACCUCAGCACAUUCGAUCGAAUACGAUCAAUAAGUUAGUGUUUUGUAGAUGAAAUGUCUUUGAAUAUUCGGAAAAUAUAUUUUGUAGUUUCCGUGGUCAUGUUUUGGUCUUCGCUUGCUUUCUUUCUUGUGUUUUAUUGACUCAUGUUGUACUUACGUACAUACGUUACUUACAAUUUACUUACGUAAAUACUUGUACACUUGUUGUACUGCAUAUGUGUUUAGUAGCAGACGACCGGCAACAAUCUAGUAACUGAUCCCCAACAUGGUAGGCAGUAGACGCCAAACGCGGUGGAACACAAUCCCCAAUUCCAACCUGUGGGUUUUGGAGUCAAUAAUGCACGACGGGGGCUGCACGGUGGUCUAGUGGUUAGCACACAGACCUCACAGCUAGGAGACCCAAGUUCAAUCCCACCCUCGGCCAUCUCCGUGUGGAGUUUGCAUGUUCUCCGGGUACCAAAAACAUGUUAGGUUAAUUGGUCACUCCAAAUUGUCCAUAGGUAUGAAUGUG